AUGUCGGGCAAAGAGGGUGCAGGGUUCCAUAUUGCCCUAUCACCUGAUACUCAGGACGAAGUCCGGAAGACGUUGAUCGGCUGCAAAAAGACUGAUGACAAGUGCUACCAAGACGUACGAGAGGUAAUUCAAUCAGCCAACUUUGUAAUCGACGCCGAAAUCGAACGUCGCCACUUUGGGCAUUUCCUCUCCAAGACGUUCAAGUCAAAGGGCUCCGCGUUCACAACAAUUGCUAUGUUGCUUCUUUCGGCCUGGAGCUUCAAGCAUGCCGAGCAGCCAACCAUUCAGUUUGCGGACCGUAUAAUUCCUGAUACGCAGGCUAGUAACGCGGCCGAUCUUGCGGACACGAAAACGAUCAUAUUAUCUGCAGAAGGGAAGGGCGUUGCUACACUCACCCCUGUGCCGGAUCCAACCAGACCAGGAGGUACUGCCACACCUUUGAUCACGCCCAUUGCCACCGCUAUUGCUGGUUAUACCCCAGGGGAUCUGAUGGUCACCAUGGACGAAGGACUAGCCAAGCGGCUCGAAGAAAUUAUACGAAGGUCUACCGACUGCCUUGAUGGCAGGCAAUUCGACAGUGAUGCCAAUGGAAAACGCGCUGCUCAGUUCGGAGCCGCCAUAUGUGGUGCUCAAGGGGCCAUCGGCAUGGCAACUCCUGGUGGCCCACUGGAAGACCUCCUUCUCAUGAAUCCCCCAGCCUUACCAUUCACAGCUGGAAAUGUCGCCAAUGCCGCCCUUGUCGUUACGAAUUUUGUUAGAGACUUCGCCCCGCUAAUGAAUAUCGGUGAAAGCGUCGCGCAGGGCAUUGGCGAAGUUGUUUUCAUGAUGGCUUACAACACCCUGAUUGAAAACCUACCCCUAGGGGACAAGAAUCCGAUCAAGCAAAAGCUCAUGUCGGGCAUCAUCACCACACCACCCGCCUCAAUGUUCACGAAUUACUGCAUGUGA